CGACCGGUUGGGGCGGGGCGGGAGGCGGAGGUGCCGCGUAGGCCGAGGAGGCCGGGCUGCCCGGCCGGGAGCUCGAGCCCCAUGCGCGGCCGCCAACCCCCGCGAUGCUCCCCUCCCGGAGGAAGGCGGCGCAGCUGCCCUGGGAGGACGGCAGGUGGGAUAGUUCCCCAUGUCCACGUCCCCGGUCUCCACCCCACCCCCAGAAAGAGCUCAGAGGGAGAAUCAGUAGAGACUCCAACCUUCCCAGGCCACUGGCAGGAUUGGGUUCUGCUCCCCAUCGGAAACCCCCACCUCAGGACAAUGGGGGGUCCAGGCUGCUUCCCAGCAGCCUUCCCCGGAAAUGCUCCGUCUUCCACCUCUUCGUUGCCUGUCUCUUACUGGGCUUCCUCUCCCUGCUCUGGCUGCAGCUCAGCUGCUCCGGUGACGUGGCCUGGGCAGCCAGGAAACAAGGGCAGGAGACCCCAGGUCCACCCCGGGCCUGUCCCCCAGAGCCGCCCCCUGAGCACUGGGAAGAAGAUCGGUCAUGGGGCCCCCACCGCCUGGCAGUGCUGGUGCCCUUCCGGGAACGCUUUGAGGAGCUCCUGGUCUUUGUGCCCCACAUGCAUCGCUUCCUGAUCAGGAAGAAGAUCCCACACCACAUCUACGUGCUCAACCAGGUGGAUCAUUUCAGGUUCAACCGGGCGGCACUCAUCAAUGUGGGCUUCCUGGAGAGCAGCAACAGCACAGACUACAUCGCCAUGCACGACGUGGACCUGCUCCCUCUCAACGAGGAGCUGGACUAUGGCUUCCCUGAGGCGGGGCCCUUCCAUGUGGCCUCCCCAGAGCUCCACCCCAUCUACCACUACAAGACCUAUGUCGGCGGCAUCCUGCUGCUCUCCAAGCAGCACUACCAGCUGUGCAACGGGAUGUCCAACCGCUUCUGGGGCUGGGGCCGUGAGGACGAUGAAUUCUACCGGCGCAUCAAGAGAGCUGGGCUCCAGCUAUUCCGCCCCUCGGGAAUCACAACUGGAUACAAGACAUUUCACCACCUGCAUGACCCAGCCUGGCGGAAGAGGGACCAGAAGCGCAUUGCAGCUCAAAAACAGGAACAAUUCAAGGUGGACCGGGAGGGAGGUCUGAACACUGUGAAGUACCGCGUGGAUGCUCGUACAGCCCUGUCUGUGGGUGGGGCCCCGUGCACUGUUCUCAACAUCAUGUUGGACUGUGACAAGGCUGCUACCCCCUGGUGCACACUUGGCUGAGUUAGUUGGACAGUAAGGAGGCUUGUACCUACAGGCCACAUUGCUACUCAAGCCCUGGACAAAGCCUCAGGCCCUGGGCCCAGCUCCAAUAGGACGUGGAGCAUUCUGAAGCAGUGGACAGCAGGCUACGUGUUUGCAGCAGCCUGGCCCCCAGAGGGAGCCUGAGCCAGGACAGAACACACAGGAUGUCUGGGAUGCUGCUAGCAAUAAACAGUGAUGGAGAGAGGCUGGGAUGUGGCUCCCAACUGGGACUCUGCCCUGCCUUUGCUUGCCCUGCUCUGCCCUCCUUUGCAUGCUGGGACCUGAAGGCUUUUGUUCCUUCCCCCUGGACCGCCUCAUGCAGAGGUAUGGUUUAGAGGCCAUGCUGCUGAUCUGAGUGGCUAGGGCCAUUGGGAGGCUUAAAGUGCAGGACCCAGAGAGCAAGCCCCACAGAAAGGGCAUGACUGAGAGCAGCUCCAGCAGGGUGUCACCAUGUAGGAAAGAGGGCCUGUGUUGCCAGAUCUGAUUUUUUAAAAGAAAGUAGAAGUCUGGAUUCUUAAGUAAAAUUGGUUAAUUAUUAAAUGAUAGCAACUAAUUGAAACUUAAAGAAAGUAUGGCAAUCCAAACAAAAUGUGAUGUGAACCACCAGUUUGCCACCUAUGGCUGAGGGGAAGGGAAUAGGAGAAAAGAUGACAUCUCUCUUUGCUACAAGCUGGCAAGGAGUUGGGUUAGGGCAGGGAUGGCAAGACUAGGGGAAGCUCAGGUGGGAGAGAAGCCAGAGGCACAAGGUUCCUGUACCGCCCACAGCCCUCUAGGCUUUGUUGCCCUCGGGGCAGUGUGACCACCGCCAGGCUCUAGCGAGCUCAUACUCUGGGAAGGGGACUGCACUGCCUCACUAAGACGGACAGAUUCAGAGGACUGGACUCAGGGUAGGCAGGAUGUGUCGGCAGUGGCUCAGUCAUGGCUUGAGGGAAUAAGGGAAUGAGGGCCGUGUUUCUGACGCCGGAGUAAGAAGAUGAGAAGUGGGAGAAUCCCUGGGGUUCCCACAGCACAAGCAAUCACACAAUGCCAAGGAGAGGUGAAGGAGGGGAGCUCAGGAGACUGGAAUUGGGGAGUGAUCUUGGAGGGGAGCCUGGGGCCAGGGAGAGAGUGGGAGGCCAGGAGCCCUGCAAAGUAGAUCACUUCUUUAAGGUGUCUGGCUGCCAAAGGUUGGCAGCAGAAGUCCGAGGAGAUGGAGGACAGUUAAGGCUGGUUUAACAAUAAAUAGGACACCUGAAAUACUAAAGACUCCUCCUCUGAGCUGCUGUGUGCAGUUGUGUGGGUUGUGCACUGUACAACCUAAGCAUAAGCGAAGAGACUUGAGCAAAGAUGAGCAGAGUGAAGCUUCGGGCUCCAUGUAACUGUUCAGAUGUAUAAUAGAGGGUCCUUGUGAUCCUAAAUUGGUCUUACCCAGUGAUUUAGCCCCACAGAGGGACAAACAGGCUGCAAUUACAGUACAAGGGUAGUGGGCAGGACUUUCUCAACUUGAGAUCCAGGAGAGGGGAAUGGCGUGUUUUCUGUAUGUCAGUCUCCCGGGCAACCCUGGCUAAAUCAUCUUGUACUUAAGUAACAUGGAGGCAAAACUCCAGCCUCCUAGAGCUGGUGGGAAUGGAUGUGAUAUCAUAGCCCUCAGCUCUGUACUCAUCUGGCACAGCAAGACCU